GGGGGUGGUGACCGAAUUACAGUAAUUUUAUUGAGCAAGAUGUUCAAAGUCUCAGUUGUGUUUAAUGCUGUUACAGAUAAAGUGAAAUUUACAAUGCCGAGUAUGGUUUACUAAGCCAAGAUGCAAAUCCCUGAUGCUGGAGGCAUGAAUUUGUAAUGUUGCAAAAGUAAUGCUUUAGACUUAAUACGCAAAGUUUGAUUUGUAUUGUUUAUACUUAGCAUAUAUGAAAACAAAGUUUUACAUUUCUCCCUUUCUUAAAUACGUCUUCAGUGCCUCUGAUUAUGGCUCAAAAGCUUGCUCUGUCCGCCUAAUCCUUCUUUAAACUGGAUUUCUUUGAGCGAAAAGGAGUUUGUCUCCAGAAGAUGUUAGACAACCUGAAAGAACCACUCUUUAUUACAGCUGACAUCAAUGUGGUCGUUGUAGCACUUACGGUCCUGGGACUGGCAAGUAGGCUGUGGAGACUUUCCUACCCCGGGGGAGUGGUGUUUGAUGAGGUGUACUAUGGGCAAUUUGUUUCUCUUUACAUGAAGCAAAUCUUUUUCUUGGAUGACAGCGGUCCACCACUGGGUCACAUGAUUCUGGCUCUUGGAGGUUAUAUGGGUGGAUUUGAUGGAAAUUUUCUGUGGAAUCGUAUUGGAGCAGAAUAUACUAAUAAUGUACCUGUUUGGUGUCUGCGCAUAUUGCCUGCAGUUGCUGGAGCUCUCUGCAUCCCUGUAGCGUAUCAAAUUAUAGUGGAGCUGCAGUUCUCCCAUCUUACUGCCCUAAUGGCAGCCUUGUUGGUCAUGUUUGAAAAUGCCUUGAUCGCUCAGUCUCGGUUCAUGCUUCUGGAGUCUGUUCUGAUAUUUUUUAUUUUGCUGGCUGUUCUGUCAUACCUCAGAUUCUACAAUGUGCAAAGGUCAAGUCCGUUUUCAGUGAGCUGGUGGCUGUCGCUGUUUAUGACUGGGAUUGCAAGUGCUUGUGCCAUUGGUGUAAAGUACAUGGGACUCUUCACCUAUCUGCUGCUUUUGGCUGUUGCAUCAGUACACAUUUGGCAACUUAUUGGAGACAAAACAUUAUCAAAUGUUACUUUAGCCUUUCACGUUCUGGUUAGAGGACUUGCGCUGCUGGUCAUCCCUGUAGUUCUGUAUUUGAUUUUUUUCUAUAUUCAUCUCUCCAUUUUAUAUCGCUCUGGGCCGCAUGACCAAAUUAUGACAAGUGCUUUUCAGGCCAGUCUAGAGGGAGGUUUGGCAAGGAUAACACAAGGACAGCCCUUGGAAGUGGCAUAUGGUUCCCAGAUCACAUUACGAAAUGUCCUAGGGAAACCUGUUCCCUGUUGGCUUCACUCUCACAAGGACCCUUACCCCAUAAGAUAUGAGAACGGUCGGGGCAGUUCACAUCAACAGCAGGUGACCUGUUAUCCCUUCAAAGACAUCAAUAAUUGGUGGAUUGUUAAAGAUCCUGGCAAGCAGCAACUGGUUGUGAGCAACCCUCCUCAUCCAGUGAGGCAUGGCAGCAUUGUGCAGUUAGUUCAUGGGAUGACAUCUCGUUGUCUAAAUACGCACGAUGUUGCUGCUCCUGUAAGCCCUCAUGCCCAAGAAGUGUCCUGCUAUGUUGACUAUAAUAUUUCCAUGCCAGCACAGAACUUGUGGAGAGUGGAAAUUAUGAAUCGAGAGUCUGAAAAAGAAGUGUGGAAAACCAUUUUGUCUGAAGUACGCUUUGUGCAUGUAAACACAUCAGCUGUUUUGAAGCUUAGUGGACAGUCCUUGCCUGAUUGGGGUUAUCGGCAACUGGAGGUUGUUGGAGAGCAGAUGUCAAAGGGUUACCACCAAAGCAUGGCCUGGAAUGUUGAGGAACACCGUUACGGGAAAAGUCAGGAGCAGAAGGACCGGGAACUAGAACUGCAUAUGCCCACCCAGAUGGACAUGAGCAAAAACCUCAGCUUUAUGGCUAAAUUUGUGGAAUUACAGUGGAAGAUGCUCACCCUGAAGAACGAAGAGGCUGAACACAAGUAUAGCUCUUCCCCUUUGGACUGGGUUACCAUGGAUACCAAUAUUGCAUAUUGGCUACACCCAACGAGCAAUGCACAGAUACACCUGCUAGGAAAUACCUUAACCUGGAAUUCAGCUAAUGUUGGAGCCCUGCUAUAUGUAUUUGUGUUCCUGUUUUACUUGCUACGAAGACGCCGAAAAAUUCAUGAUAUCCCAGAAGAUGCCUGGUGGCAGUGGGUGUUAGCAGGAGUUAUUUGUGGUGGGGGUUGGGCUGUGAAUUACCUUCCUUUCUUCAUGAUGGAGAAGACACUCUUCUUGUAUCACUACUUGCCUGCGCUGACCUUCCAGAUCCUCCUCCUUCCUGUUGUCCUCCAGCAUGUACAUGAUCACAUCCUCAGAAGCUCAGUACAGAAGAACACAUUUAGUGCAUUAGUACUGGUGUGGUUGUCCUCAGUUUAUAUGGUAUACCUUACAUUCAGCCCAUUGACAUAUGGACACCCUUCCCUUCCUGCUUCAAAAUUAGUGGAACUGCGAUGGAAAGAAUCCUGGGAUAUUCUAAUACGGAAACGUUAGGCAUGUAAAGAGACUGAGAAGAUAACAUUAAGGUAGAAAGAUGAUAACAGCAGUGUUCUGCAAAAUACACUGUAUUACAUGCUUAUGUUGUGUGUAGGAGCUAUCAUGGAAAACCUUAAUCUGUGGACUGAAGGUGGUUAUUAAUGCCACUAAAACUUGUGUUGUCCUGGCCUGAAAAAAAAAUGUAGAUGGAGAAACACUCUGUAAGUUACAAACCAGCAGCCCUUGAUUGAAUACUUACAGAUAAUGAUGUGUUACAUUGUGAAACUGGGACUUAAAAGUCUGUAAUGUGGCUUCAGAACACAAGUUUACAAUGAUAUAAUAAAGUACUUUGUUAAAGCA